CGCCCCCAGGUUCAGCCAGCUCCCUUAAACUGCUGCUGUGAAGUGCAGGGGAGUCAGGGCAGAUUCCAGCAGCCCGUACAGCUGAAUCUCUCAGACACUAGCUGGAAGCACCCUUUCGUGUAGACACCAUGGUGCCAAAGUUACACAGCUGGGCUACUGCGCAUCUCCUGUCCUUACUCUUUUCAGCUUGCAUGGCAUAUAUUGCUACCAGAGAAAACUGCUGCAUCUUAGAUGAACGAUUUGGUAGCUAUUGCCCAACUACAUGCGGCAUUGCAGACUUCUUGAAUAAAUACCACCCUGAUGUGGAUAAGGAGCUGCAGGUCCUUGAAAAUCUCUUGCAGCAGAUCACUAACUCUUCCGUUGUAACAGAACAGUUGAUCCGCCAAAUCCGAAUCCUCAGCCCCCCAGAGAAACUGACUCUGCCAAAUGUGAUCGACGGUUUUACUCAAAAAAACAGGAAAAUAAUUGAUGAAAUUAUCAGAUAUGAAAACACUAUUAUGGAACAUGAAAAUACUAUACAGCAACUGACAGAUAUGUUGACGUUAAACACUAACAGGAUUUCACAACUAAAACAGAAGGCUAAUCAGCUUGCGUCACAAUGUCAGGAGCCAUGCAGAGACACAGUCCAAAUACUGGAAACAACUGGAAGAGAUUGUCAAGACAUUGCAAACAAAGGUGCCAGACACAGUGGUCUUUACUUCAUCAAACCUGUAAAAGCUAAGCAGCAGUUCCUAGUCUAUUGUGAGAUUGACACAUUUGGCAAUGGAUGGACAGUGUUCCAGAGAAGACUUGAUGGGAGCGUGGACUUCAAGAAAAACUGGGUUCAGUACAAAGAAGGAUUUGGACACCUGUCACCAGAUGACCAGUCAGAGUACUGGCUGGGAAAUGAAAAGAUUCAUUUAAUAACCACUCAGUCUACUAUUCCAUAUGCCUUAAGGAUAGAACUGGAAGACUGGGAGAAUAAAAAAAGUACUGCAGACUAUGCUGUGUUCAAAGUGGGACCUGAAGCAGACAAGUACCGACUGACCUAUGCCUAUUUUGUUGCUGGUGGCGAAGCUGGGGAUGCCCUUGAUGGUUUUGAUUUUGGAGAUGAUCCCAGUGACAAAUUUUUUACAUCCCAUAAUGGCAUGCAGUUCAGUACCUAUGACAAUGACAAUGAUAAAUUUGAUGGAAAUUGUGCUGAACAGGAUGGAGCAGGAUGGUGGAUGAAUAGAUGUCAUGCUGCUAACCUCAAUGGCAAAUAUUAUCAAGGUGGCACUUAUACAGCAAGAGAAGUUGGUCCAUCUGGAUACGACAAUGGGAUUAUCUGGGCAACCUGGCGUUCUCGGUGGUAUUCCAUGAAGAAAACUACAAUGAAAGUCAUCCCAUUCAACAGACUUUCAAUAGGAGAUGGACAGCAGCUCAACUUAGGUGGCUCCAAAAAGGUUGGAUCAGAUGUCCGAGGCGAUAUUUAGAAAGAUAAUAGACAGCAGUUAUCAGUUCUAACAAUAGUAUAUUUAUAGCUCCACUCGGCAUUCCAGUAUAGCCUAUAAAAGUUUAUCACUAUGCGGCAUUUUCUCAGAAAACCAUUUUUACUUAGUAUAUUUGUACAAUUUUUAUUUCAGCUGACUGACAAAUAAAGGGAUAUGGUCUUGUCAUCAGAAAUGACUCUUUGCCUUUAUAUAUUUUGAGCACUGUCCCUUUUGAAAUUCAACUAGUCUAAAUAUGCAUGACCACCAUAAACAUACCAUUGUAACCAUACAUAGUUCAUCCUUUGGUGAAGAAUAUUAUAAUACUUUCUUUU